AUGGAUCCUGAACAUGUUAUUUGGGUGUCUAACGAUUCUUUGUUCAUACGCAACCAUAAUCAUACGACUGUGUUUGUUGUAGGUGAGCGUGUUGGAGGGUUCACAGUGGUGUGUGCUGAUGCUGAGGAGGCAAAGAGGGUGGAGUCUCAGCUGAAGAUCCUGAUUCGCCCCAUUUACUCCAACCCACCCAUGAAUGGAGCACGCAUUGCCUCCACGAUCCUCAGCACACCAGAGCUGCGUUCUACAUGGCUGGAGGAGGUGAAGGGUAUGGCCGAUCGUAUCAUUAAAAUGAGACAAAUGCUGGUAACUAAUCUGAUGAAGGAGGGCUCUACUCACAACUGGCAACACGUGAUUGACCAAAUCGGCAUGUUCUGCUUCACUGGACUCAAACCUGAGCAGGUGGAGCGUCUGACAAAGGAGUUUUCUGUUUAUAUGACUAAAGAUGGCCGUAUCAGCGUUGCCGGUGUGACCUCUGGAAAUGUGGGAUACCUUGCACAUGCCAUUCAUCAGGUCACUAAGUAGAUCAAACUUACGUUGAGACAGAAGAUCGGUCUACUGGUCCUGUUUCUGUUAGUCCGCCCCGCUGUUCCUCUUUGGACUCAGAUCUUGGCUUCACUUCAUUUGGCUGUUUUACUAGGUCAACAUGGAUCCUGAACAUGUUAUUUGGGUGUCUAACGGUAACCUUAAUUCAUCUCACAGGAAAUCUUGUGAUUCUCUGACUAAGCACAUUUUUCAUCCUGUUAAGAUUCUGUAUGAACUUUAUUUAUUGUGUGAGUGAAGUAAAAUUAACAAU